AUGAAAUCUUUCGCAAGCAGAGAAGCAUCUCGCUUAUUCUCUCGAUCAAGGCUCACACAUAGGCCAUCAAUCACAGCGUCCAGAAGGAAUCCAAACAUUCGCAUACAAGAGCAAACAAGAGGGUUUCGGGAGACAAGAGGACUACUGGCGGUCAAGCCAUACCUACUGGCAGAUAUUGGGGAAGGUAUCACCGAAUGCCAGGUUAUCCAGUGGUUUGUGAAGCCCGGGGCGCGCGUCGAGCAAUUUGAUCCUAUCUGCGAAGUGCAAUCAGACAAAGCAUCUGUGGAAAUUACCUCGCGGUUUGAUGGCGUCAUCAAGAAGCUCUAUUACGAGCCGGAUGAUAUGGCCAAGGUUGGAAAGCCUUUAGUAGACAUCGACAUCCAGAGCGAAAUAUUGGCCGCCGACGAGGUCUUGCUCAACGGAGAAUCAGGUAAACAAGCUGAACAAAACACAUCGAGUGCGACCGAAUCACAAGAACAAGGAAUCGAACUCGGCAGGAACGACACAAAGGCGGCUACUGGAGAUGUAGAUUCAUCAGGCCAGAGCGCGAGUCUACCAUCCAAACCGUCUCAAGAGCAGUCAGCUACUCCACGGCAACCGGGCAAACAUGCAUCGCUCGCGACACCUGCUGUGCGGCACAUGAUCAAAGAACAUAGGCUGAAAAUUGAGGAUAUCGAAGGCACAGGAAGGGAAGGCCGUGUGCUCAAAGACGAUGUACAACGAUACAUUGAAUCUGCUAAGCAGACCGCGGGCACACCGUCCACAAGCUCGAUAGCGAUGCCCAAACAGCAGAUUGAGGAUCAAGUCAAGCCGUUGACACCGGUUCAAUCUGGAAUGUUCAAGCAAAUGACCAAGUCUUUGUCGAUACCACACUUCCUAUACACCAACGCCGUGGAUUUCAGCUCUCUCACGUCCCUACGGCAAAAGUACAAUCUUGGCCGCGAGAAGCCAGAUCGUAUAACGCCGUUACCAAUCAUCAUCAAGGCUGUCUCACUCACUCUUCAGCAAUUCCCAUUGCUCAACUCACACCUCGAUACGAAUACGAACCCAAAUAAACCACAGAUCAUUCUUAAGGGAAGCCAUCACAUCGGUGUAGCAGUCGACUCGCCUUCUGGUCUACUUGUACCCGUUAUCAAGAACGUGCAAAACCAUAGCAUUGCUUCCCUUGCUCAGGAAAUUCAACGUCUCAGCUCUCUGGCAAGAAGUGGAAAACUCACAUCUGCCGACCUUACCGGUGCCACCUUCACAAUCAGUAACAUCGGUAGUAUAGGCGGUGGCACCGUGGCGCCUGUCAUUGUGGGCCCUCAAGUCGGCAUAUUGGGCAUUGGUAAAGCGCGGGUGGUACCGGCUUUUGGAGAGGAUGGUGAGCUAGUCAAGAGGGAGGAGUGUGUGUUUAGUUGGAGUGCCGACCAUAGAGUUGUCGAUGGGGCAUAUGUGGCGAGGGCCGCAGAGGAGGUGCGGAAAUGUCUCGAGGGCGUUGAGGCUAUGCUUGUGAGGAUGCGAUAG